ACAACAGAAGCUGCGCAAAAUGACCGUUACGCGUAUUUCGACAUGCACGAAGCAGUCUCGGAGCAACAGUCCGGCACUCGCCCGCGUAAACCGACCCGGUCCUGCAGUCGAAACGGAGCAUCUGCGCGACGGCGUCUCGUCAAGGUUUUGUCGCGGCAUCGAUUGACAGCUGGUACUGGAAGUGUCCGCAGCGCCAACGAUAGCACGGACUGUAGUCCUCCAGUUUCUGCUUCUGCAGCUCACAAACUCCCCCAAGAUCCCCAUCACUCACUAAUCAACCACCUCCGGCCCCUAAAAGAAAAACACUCAAUAAUCGCAGCGCAUGGAUCAGGGCACGGGACGUUCCAAGGGGCGCCGAUAGAUGAGAAACAACGGAAAAGCCCCAUCUCCACAAGGCAGCCUUGGAUCCUGCCGCGAGGCGCAACGCGGACAAUGCGUCAUCAUGCCACCACUGCUGGGCUGCUUGGCAGCGGGUACUUUGCGCUACUUCGUAUUGCAGGCCUGCAGCUUGUACCUGCUCUUGCCUCGUACAGCACUAUCCAUUUCGGGUCAUCGAGAUUCGGACAUGGUUUGGCACUUGAAAAAGGCUCUGGCGUGCGCCAAGUGCGACUCGUUUCUUUCAAUUUUUCUCUCGCCUUCGUACUCGGACCGGGACUAGAGACAAUAAACAGCCGGUGGCUUGAUUUUUUGCUUGAGCUUUCGAUUUUUGUUUCGCCAUCUCAGCUUCAGCUUGUACAGUAUCCGUCCCGCCGUCGUUUAUUUUAUGGAUUGCAUCACCACAUGAUCAAGCGAUAAAUAGUUGCCCCCCUUCAUCGCACCUUAAAUACAUCUGGGAUAUUAAGCUCGCCUUGUGCCCCCUGGUUCGCUGCUCCACCACCGCCGUUUGAGCCUGGAGAUCUCGAAUCUUCGGACUGCUGCGUAAACUGCGCGGAAUCAAGGCUCAAGUUGAGAACGAGAACGAGCCCAAACCAGCUGCUCCUUCGGCCUCCAUCAUUCAGGCCGCUGUCCCUGACCAGGUCCCCGAAGCUGGCGGAUUGGCCUGCUUAUACGGAGCACUGUAGCUUUUUCUGCUAGGGGCUGAAGAAGGAAAAAAAAAAAAAAAAAAAAAAAAA